AUGUCUUGGCAAGACGCUGAGGAAGAGAAAGAAAACAGAAAAAGACGGGAGACUCCUAAAAUAAACUCUCAUAAGCAUUCCAUACCGCCAGAGAGCGUGAGUGUGGUGGUGUGGCGUGGUGACAGUCUCCAGGGCACAGUCAGCAGCGUCCUGGGACCCUUCGUGGACGCUACCCGGGAUACCCACCAGGGCACACACACUACCAUCUUGGAGGAGUACCAAGGUAGCCAGCAGGUCACGUCUAGCAGCGCCCUGGGACCCUUCCUUGAAGGAGAAGUGGCAAAACUUACCUGCGUGGCCCAUGGAGGAAGCCCGCGACCAUCAGUCGUGUGGUACAGAGACUCUCAGCUUCUUGACUCGGAGAUGGAGUCGGAGGCUUCAACAAGCGAGGUCGAAGCCUCCAACGUCGUGGCUUCCCUCGGACAAGAGACUCAAAUGACCACGUCAACGCCUUGGACGACCACGCCAGGGCCGCUCUUCGGGGGCGAGCCCUACAACACUCUCACUCUGGGACCUCUCACUCGAAGUCACCUUCAGACGGUGCUCACGUGUGCAGCUCUCAACAGCAACCUCACGCACCCCACAACGGUGGGCCUCACCCUCGAUAUGAACCUGGUGCCACUGAGCGUGGAGAUCCGCCCGCCGGAAACACUGGCACUGCGAGCUGGUCGCGAGUACGUGGUAGAGUGCCUGGCACUGGGUGCCAGACCUGUCCCUACCAUCACUUGGUGGAGUGGUGAUCAGAGAGUCCUCUCUGCCACUCUCACAGUGUCGGAGGACAAGAACGUCACCACGAGCAGUCUUGUGCUGACGCCUCGGCCACAGGACAACGGGUCCUUCCUGCGGUGCAUCGUGGAGACGUACGCCGCCCCAGCUACCCUGGAGGAUACAUGGAACCUCACUGUUCAGUACGUACCGAAGGCGUCGUGCAGGUUCGGUGCGUCGCUAGACGCCAGCAACAUCAAGGAGGGUGAUGAUGUGUACUUCGAGUGCUCCAUUGACGCCAAUCCCAGGGUGACGCGCGUCUCCUGGCGUCACAAUGACAGAGUACUGGUACACAACGUGUCAGCCGGAGUGAUCAUCAGUAACCAGAGUCUAGUGUUACAGCGUGUGGUGAGAGCCCAGGCUGGGCGCUACGCUUGUCACGCUCACAACAUAGUUGGCGAUGGUGUUUCAAAUGCUCUCCGACUCGACGUUAAGUACGCGCCAGUUUGCUCGCCCGGGCAAGUGACCACGUACGCUGUAGGACGCUACGAGGAUGCCGAGGUGACAUGCUCGGUGGACGCUAACCCCGUGCAAGAGUCCUUCCAGUGGACGUUCAAUAACACUGCGGACACCAUCGAUGUGCCACAGGGACGCUUCACUUCUCUCAGCAGCCACAGUGUCAUCACAUACACCCCAAUGACGGCCCUCGACUAUGGUACUCUGCUGUGCUGGGCAGCCAACGAGAUCGGUGCCCAGAAGGAACCCUGCGUCUUCCACAUCGAACCCGCAGGUAAGCCUGAGGCGCCAGGUGAGUGUCGCGUGGGAGACGGUACUCAGACCUCCGUGAGGGUGAGGUGUGAGGCUGGCUCCAGCGGAGGUCUACCUCAACACUUCCACCUCCAGGCCAGCCUCUACCAAGGCCACCACCUCCUCAACCUCACUGCUGUGGCCAGCCCUGAUUUCUACGUAGAGGGGUUAAGGAUGGAAAGUAAGUACCAGCUGAUCAUCACUGCCGUCAACGAUAAGGGUACCAGCAGUGCCACCCAUCUCACCGUCAGUAGCAUUGGCACUAACGGCUCUGUCUACCAGCUGCAUGACGGCCCUCUGGAGGCAGAGGUCCGAGACGGGGGCAAAAAUGGUGUGGGCAGCGAAGGAGUAGCAGCAGUGGGUGAUGGAGGCGGGGCCUUCCUGGAGGCGCUGGCAGUUCCUUCCUUCAUCAUGGGCGUGCUAGGCGUGGGCUCAGGCCUGGUGUUGCUGGUGAUCCUCCUGCUGCUCUUCAUUACUUUCCGCAGAAACAGAGCGCCUCAGCCUCGUCCACUGGCUGACACGCUCCACCACAUCAGCACCACGGAAAACCUGGGAGGGAGCAGCAAUUCACCCAGGCGAAGUCACAGCUCACCAGUACUAACACCAGAACACCACACUACCUGCCUUGAGAGAGAUGUAACGGAAGAGUCGGAGAGUGAUGCAGACCCCGACAUCAUUCCCCUUCAGGAGACCUGCAGGUGUUGUGAGGUGGAGAUGGUGCCAACAUCUACCGUCCUGCCUUCGGUGCCAGCAGUUACCGUGCUACCCUCGGUGCCAGCAGCUACCGUGCUGCCCUCAGAUCGCUACACGUACGCCCACGUGCCUGCCCUCCUUCCACCCUCUGGUCGUCAUGGUGGGUGUCACCACCACCACCAUCACCAUCUCCCCCAGGUGUGAGGCGGGACACCUGGGGGAGGGUCUUAGCCAGACCCUGCACCACACCAGGCCACCUGCCCUCACAACACACAGCUCAGGUCGAUCAUCGUGGGAUUCCCCAUAACUCAAGCUGGUAAUACUUUGACGACAACGAUAAGGAAUAUUGCUGUAACAGGAAGACGAGGAAGAAGACACCAGUCGGAACUCAGAAUAUUGUUAUAGCUCCCUGUAACAGGGAGCUAUAUCAGGGAGCUGUAACAAGGACCUGUAACAGGGAGCUGUAACAAGGAACUGUAACAGGGACCUGUAACAGGGAGCCGUAACAGGGAGGUUACAAGCUAAUUACAAGAGUUUUAACGAAAAUCGUCCAGGCUGACUAGAGGUCAUCGUGAGAACCUCCAGUGAAGCUGGAGGUCACACUGAGUGAGAACCUUCAAGCCAAGUACAAGUUAUCGUGAGAACCUCCAAGUCACAUCAAUCUCCAGGACAGUUUUUGAGAGACAGAGAGCUUGGAGGUCGAUUACUGGGUCUAGCAAAAGAAAACUUAGACGUCAACUAUGGAAACCUGUGCAAGAAACUGGAGGUCGACUGUAGGGACUAUUGCGAGAAAACUUGGAGGUCGAAUACAGCGUCUUGUAUUAAGAAAUAAAGGUCGAUACAGGGUCAUGUCCAAGAUAAAUUGGAGGUCGACUACUGGGUCUUGUGAAAGAGAACUUGGAGGUCGACUACUGAGUCUUGUUAAAGAGAACUUGGAGGUCACCUACUGGGUCUUGUGAGAGAGAACCUAGAGGUCGACUACUGGGUCUUGUGAGAGAUUACCUAGAGGUCGACUACUGGGUCUUGUGAAAGAGAACUUAGAGGUCGACUACUGGGUCUUGAGAGAAAGAACCUAGAGGUCGACUACUGGGUCUUGUGAAAGAGAACUUGGAGGCCGACUACUGGGUCUUGUGAGAGAGAACUUGGAGGUCGAAUACUGGGUCUUGUGAGAGAGAACUUGGAGGUCGACUACUGGGUCUUGUGAGAGAGAAUUAGGAGGUCAACUACUGGGUCUUGUGAGAGAGAAUUAGGAGGUCGACUACUGGGUCUUGUAAGAGAGAACUUAGAGGUGGACUACGGGAUCCAGAGUGAGAAAGCUUGAGGUCGGCUACAGGGUUGAGUGUGACUGGAGGUCUACUACAGGGUCGAGAGUGAUUGAAGGUUGACUAUAGGGUCGAGUGUGGUUGGAGGUUGACUAUAGAACUAUAGGUCGAUUACAGGGUCGAGUAUUUAACUAUAGGUCGAUUACAGGGUCGAGUAUAACAGGAGGUCGACCACAGGCUUGAUCGACUGUUCUACUGGAGGACACCUACAGGGUCGAGUGUUUGACUGGAGGUCGACUACAGGGUUGAGUGUGACAGUAAGUCAGCUACAGGAUCGAGUAUUUUACUUGAGGUCGACUAUAGGGUCGAGGGUGACAAGAGGUCGACUACAGAGCCGAGUGCUUGACUGGAGGUCAACUACAGAGUCACGUGUUUUACUGAGGGCCGGUUACAGAAUCGAGUGUUUUACCGGAGGUCGACUACAGGGCCGAGUGUUUUACCGGAGAUCGACUACAGGGUCGAGUGUGAGAGUAGGUCAACUACAGGGUCGAGUAUUUUACUUGAGGUUGACUACAAGUUCGAGUGUUUUACUAAAUGUCGACUACAGGGUCGAGCGUGACUGGAGGUCGACUACAAGGUCAAGUGUUUUACUGGAGGUAGACUACGGGGAAGAGUGUAACAGUAGGUUUAACACAGGGUCGAGUGUUUUACUGAAGGUCGACUACAGAGUCGAGUGUUUUACUAAAGGUCGACUACAUGAUCAAGUGUUUUACUGGAGGUAGACUACAAGGUCCAGUGUGACUGGAAGUCGACUACAAGAUCGAGUGUGACUAGAGGUCGACUACGGGGUCGAGUGUGACUGGAGGUCGACUACGGGGUCGAGUGUGACUGGAGGUCGACUACAGCAUCCACAACAUAGACACAGUAAGCAACUGAAGUCAGCAGCGGAGCCUGUCAAGAUCAGAGUCAGCAGCCUGGGAGUUCAACCAACCAAUGAAGUCAGUAUGCAGUUAAUUCCUCCAUCAGUAGAGUCAGCAAUUAGUUCCAGCAUCAGUGAAGUCAGCAGUGAGGUCCUGCCUGGGUGGACUGAGGGAGAUAAACUUAAGACACGUCUUCACUGAAGUGUGUGGCUGAUGGACCUCGCACGACACAGAGGUCGUUCAUUACAUCAGGGGUCGUUCAUACCACGAUAAGAGGUCGUUCAUUACACGAUGGGUCGAUCAUACCACGAUAGAAGGUCGUUCAUUAUACGUUGGGUCGUUCAUACCACGAUAAGAGGUCGUUCAUUACACGAGGGAUCGUCCACCAAAGGGUGGGAAGUUAUCACACGAGAGGUGGUUCACACCACAAGGGAGAGGUCGUCCAUCACAUGGAGGUCGUUCAUCACAUAAGGAGUCAUUCAUACCACAAGGGAGAGGUCGUUCUUCACACGAGGUCAUCCAUCACACGAGAAGUCGUUCAUACCACAAAGGAGAGGUCGUUCAUCACUCGAGGGAUCGUUUAUACCACAAGGAAGAGGUCGUCCAUCAUACGAGAGAUCUUUCAUACCACAGGCGAGAGGUCGUUCGUCUUGACUCAAGGAAUUGUUCCUACCUUCACUGGACCAGCCCUAAACACCUACCAUUCUCCAGGUGGUGCAUGAUGCCUCCGGGUUUAGCGCUGUAUUUAGUGCAUAAAUUUCCAGACGACUUCCUAUCAUUCACAAUGAAGUGCAAAACCCAUGUGGAGGUAAAGGAGGGCCACUAAUCACAGGGAGUUGUAUAGGCUCGAUUCUCCGUUUCCGAAAUCUCAAUCUCAAGUCAGCACCAGAAGGUCUACAGAUCUCAAGAA